AUGAAGAUCCUAAUGAAAGUUGGACAAGGUAAAGACCAUCUGUGUUUUUCAUCAAACAACUUUGAUCAGCCCCUGGGCCCCAUUGAGUGUCUCAGCUUCUGCUAAUAAGGUGAAACAGCAUGAAACAGCGGAGUCUAUAUUAGUCUGCCUUUCUUUGGAUUCUGAAGGCAAAGCCUAUUUUCUGCACCUAAGUUACUGACAGAUUUUACAGGAAGAGAGUUAAUGCAAUAAGAUCUCUUCAUUGGAGAGCUCUCCUUGGAAAGAAAGGUCACCCAUGAACAACAUGUGCUGCAGUUAUUCUUGCUUGCGUUCUAAACAUUAAAGCACAGUUUCAGAGCUCAGAAUUAUUUAAAACAAAUGAAAAGGAAAGGGGGCUAAUGCUCCCUUCAUUUGCUUGUGGCAAAUCCUCCCUAAAGAAGAGAGGGUUUUGUUCAUUGUCCUUUGCUCAUAUACAGAUAACCUAUUGUGCAGAAAAAAACCUAUUCUUUCUAAUUAGAGGUUGGUUUAGUAGUCAAUCAACUUGCCUGCUAUGCUGAAAUGUCAUCUGCAAAGGUUUUCCUGCCAAUUUCAGGAAUCCCCUUCAUUUUCUGCCACUAGCUUCACAAUCUAAAUCUCUGAAAUAACUCUAUAGCUUUUUCUCUCUUGCUUGCUUUAAAGGAGAAAAUUACAUUCUCAUAUCUUCUUGUAUUCCUGCAUAAAGGAUCUUCUGUUCAAAGCCAUUCAUGCCUCGUGAAAAUUGAUAACCAGCUUAUAAAGCACAUUAUUGUUAGUUUGUAGUGAAUCAUUUGUGUUGUUUCAGUUCCCAAUUCUGGUGGGUCCCCAAAUAAUGCUGAUCCAACUAAACGCCCGGAACAGGAAGCUGGUACCAACGGGAAAAGCUCUACAACAAGUCCCUUUGUAAAGGAUCAUGCAGGUAAACAGGAGAGCUUUUAGAUUUUGAAGGAGGUGAUUUUAAAGGCUAUUUCUUAUACAUUUUAUCUCCCAUCAUUAAGGGUUUAUUAUAUAAUAAGAAACAAUAAAAGCAAGCAUUUGCAUAGGGAGAGGAAGCAUGCGUACCAGUGUGUGAGAGGUCAAAGAUCAUUACUUCUGCAAAAGUAAGCCUCUCUUCAUUUGGAUUUCAUAGAAAUGGAAUGGUUCCAUCUGAAAAUACUGCUGACCUCAAAAAGAAGGGGAGGGAGAGAGGGAGGAAUCAAAGUAGUUAUAGCAAGCUUACCAGAAGAGAUGAGUUGGUGGUCAUUGGUUGCAAUCCAGUUCAUGGUUAAGCACACUUGACUCAAGCCUAAUUGAAGUCAACUAAAGGAUCCUUAACUGAGCACUAGAUUGUAGCCAUUGUCUUCUGGCAGUAUUUAUGAAGAGUUUAUCAUUAGCACUUAUCAGGCUUGCUUUAAAACAUGUAUAAUUACUGCUGUCAUCCUCUGGCAGAUCACAUUGGCACUCUGAAUAACUCAUCUAAGCAAUAUAUAAUGACUGAGCUGAUUCUUGGAUGAGUAUAAGACGAGUAUUUAUCUUAAAUGUCAGAAUGACAAAAAUAGCAGUAGCAGCCAUUGAGGUGGUUCACGGGGUGAAAUGUAUCCAGCAGCAGCACAUCUAUGGAGGGGAGCAGCCUUUCUGCUCUUACUUCUCUGAAGGUGGCAGUAGAGGUACGGGUAUUGCAUAAACGUUGUGCAAGGGGUAUGGUCAUCUCGAUGACAUCAGCCACCCUCACUUAUGGCUGGGCAAACAUCUCAGACAGCCAUGGGAUUGCACAGUUCUGGCUGUGUCAUCCCAUGUCUGCCUUGCCAUUGGCAGAUAUGGGUAGGAAGUCCCCUUGUCUGCUAUUGCCAUCUCUUUCGCCUCGCAAACCACCGCAUGGGCCACCACUGUAAGACCAGUUUCUUCUCUUUAUUUCACUUGAAUGAGGAAGAAUAGCGAGGGGAAGUCAGUGAGGAGAAGAAUCUCAGACUAAGACCACCGCUCAGUCAGUUGAAUUCAGUGCCAUCGUUGAUUGUUGUUUUUUUAUAACUCCUUAACCUGCGCACCAUUAUUUGCCAUCAUGCCAUUAAAUCUUUUGCUUGUCAGUUACUUGAGCAGGCAUCAGCAAUUUUGUGCUAAGGGAGGAUUUUUCUACCCAAAUUUAGCCUCCACAGCAAUAUUUUCUCUUGAAAAUAGGCAUCAAGUUGCAAGAAAACCCAUUAAAGGUUUUCUCAGCGACAAAGCACCAAAUUUGAUUUAAUUUAAAACAUGCUUGCUUUUGUGAGCUCCAGAUCAGUUUGCAUCCUUGUUACCGCUAUUCUAGCUGCAGGUACAUGGGAAUCUUGUUCCCAGCAAAGCCCCCUUGCUACCAGCUAUGACCAGCACUCAUCCCUGCUGGCCUCUGUAGAUCUAGUGGGCUAGAUUGCUCCACUGGAUGCUACACAGAAGGGCAGGGCAGGUGCCCAUCUCUGCCCUAGCAGAUCUGUAUGAGCUGAUUGACCCAGAAUGAGGCUGGACCCUCUGAGGCAUCCGUCUGAGGCUGUUCCCACCUGCCCUGUUUUAACUAAACCGUAGUUUAAAAAAAACACACAACAAAAUGAAGCAAUAUCUAUUGGGGUCUCUUAGCAUUUCAACCAGCUUUCCACCUGGCAACACAGAUGCAUCUCCAGAGAGAGGUUAAGCGCACAAUGGCAAAGUUUAGUCCAAAUUAGUGUUUGAAAAAGAAAGUGGCAGGGGAACAGUGAGUCUUGAGAAUUUCCUCCCCCCAGCCCCGUUUUUAUCCCUAUUAGCUGCUUUGAGCUGACCAACAUCUGUUAAGACAUGGUGUGCAUCAAAGGCUGCCUUGUCAGUGCCAGUCCUUGCUGCUGAUGGGUGAUGAUAGAUGAAAAGAACACAGUGUGGUUUGGGAGCAACAUAAAAGUGAGAGAAACAGACACAAGCGUCUUGCUGAAUGUGAAUGGCUGACUUGUGGCUGGUUGUUCCUAGAUGUCUUGCGGGGUAAUUGGUUUGUCAAAAGUUCAGUCAACAGUCAAGUCUUUCGGUGCUGCAAACUGGGGAUGGGACAAUGAUCAUUUUGAACUUAGAUCUCUCUCGCUCUGUCUCUCCCCUCUGCCCCUUCCUUCCAACUUUAUCCCUAGGUCCCAACUCAGAUGGAAGCAAGGCUGGACAUUCCAGUAUCCUUGGUUCAGAGGUGGCCUUAUUCGCAGGGAUAGCUUCAGGGUCCAUCAUAUUCCUCAUCAUCAUCAUAACUCUGGUGGUUCUAUUGUUGAAGUAUCGGCGGAGACACAGGAAGCAUUCUCCCCAGCACACGACGACACUGUCACUUAGUACAUUAGCCACCCCAAAACGCAGUGGGAACAACAAUGGGUCUGAACCCAGUGACAUUAUCAUUCCUCUGAGGACUGCAGAUAGUGUCUUUUGCCCACACUAUGAAAAAGUCAGCGGCGACUAUGGACACCCAGUGUACAUCGUUCAAGAAAUGCCCCCUCAGAGCCCAGCAAACAUUUAUUACAAGGUCUGA